AUGGCAACUCCCGACCUCGCGACAAAAGUCAUUGCAGGAGUUACGGUUGUUGACACGCCGAUUGUUCGAGCUGCCCAGGGGUAUGCUCGUGCUCACGGUGAUGACUUCGCGUUCAACCAUGUGAUGCGAUCAUGGAUACUCGGUGUCGUCGUCUACCAGAAACUCCACGAACAGGGUGUCCUUCCGCAGAUGGACUUGGAGGCGCACGCUAUCAGCGCUGUGUUCCACGAUCUUGGCUGGGACUGCACAGGCGAGCUUGUUUCCCAAGACAAACGCUUCGAGGUGGACGGAGCGGAAGCCGCUCGUAACUGGAUUCAAGAGGAGCAACGGAGUGGAAGAGCGGAGCACUGGGACCAUCACAGGACCCAGUUGGUUUGGGAUGCCAUUGCUUUGCACACUACCGGUACGAUCGCCUUGUAUAAAGAGACGGUCGUCAAGGUCUGUGCCUUUGGGAUUAGGGCCGAUAUUCGAGGUCCGAAUUUCGAUAAAGGUGGAACAGUCUCGUGGGACGUGUUUAAUGCUGUCAACGAGAUGUUUCCCCGCCUGGAUUUGGCCGACGGGAUUCGCCGAGUUAUAUGUGGCUUUUGCCGGACCAAACCCGAGACUAUAUAUGGUCAGUAUAUACCUUUUCUUGUUUUACUGGUAUACAAUUUCCAGGUGGAUUAUGGCAGGGAAUUUGUCGAGGGCUAUAAGCCGGAAGGAAGCCGGCUUCUUGAUAUUGUUGAAAAGACUUUUAAGUAG